AUGGAGUGGAAGUUGAAACAGUAUCACACUUGUGUUGAUCCUGCACUUGAUAUUGUGGUGCCACUAAAGGAUGAUCCAUCCCAGUAUCCUUUACAUUUGCAAAAAGAUGAUUGGAUGUUGGGUUAUAUGGUAAUGGUGCAAGAAAUAAGGGAAGCAGCAGAGGAGUUGAAACAGAAAUUUGAAGCAGCAGAUGAAGGAGAAAAGGUCACAAAUUGGGAGCUGAUGAGUUAUAGUUUACGGACAAUGAUUCAAGAACUCAAGCCACAAGCCAGAGAGAUCUGCUUUCUUUUACUAGGUGGUGGAUUCAUCUGUAAGUACUCUUGCCAACUCAAGAUGUCGUCGUCUUAUAAAUAUAGAGUUGAGAUUGAGGACUUCAUGUGUUCGAUCCAAAUGAUUCUUCGCGGGUUUAGUGGAGCUGCACCAGAACUUGCCUUCAUUCAAGAGAAACUGGAGCUCUUUGGAGCUUUUAUUAAGGUUCUUAACAAGUGGCCAUACAGAUAUAUGAGUGAACUCAUAUGUCACAUUCAAACUUGGGCAAGUCACAUCUCAUGCCUUGUGUACUUGUAUGGAGAAUAUGAUGAGAGUCUAGCCUUUAUGGAAACUUUGAUUUCCGAGUUGAUGAGGAAAACUUUGUCCUGCAAUCCACGGUCAAUAACAUUGAUCCUUGAUGUGUUUAAGUCUGGAAAACGCCAUAAAUUUCAAGGUACAAUACUUUCUCAAUUCUUGGCUGAUUAUGUUAAACUUCUCCUUCGACAUGUGGUCAAACAUUAUGUGAUGGAUGAUGCGGAAAUUCUUGGUGAGGGGUUGACAUUUUUGUUAUCAUUUGCCAUGGAUAAACCGUAUGAGGACUCAAAAGAAACAAAACUGAUAUUGGCUGAGGUUUAUCAAUGA